UCGGCUGAUCAUGUGUAUGUGAUUUUUAUGUGUAUUUUUUUGCAAGUUAGGCGUAGUCGAUCUUUUGUUGUGUGGUAUUUUUAUAAGUUUCGUCUAUCGUUCACGAAUCAUCAAGAUGGGUGGUUGCCGAUGUUCCUAUGGUAAUUGCACGGCUCGGUCUGAUGGGAAAACCCACUUAUUCCAUUUUCCGGUGUUUGACAAAGUACGAUGUCACCAAUGGCUUACUAAUGCUAAUAAACUGGAAUUUCUCAAUCUCAAAGUUUCGCAGCUUAAGAAUAGAGUGGUGUGUCAACACCAUUUUAAAGAUGAUAAUUUUAUGAACUUUAAGAAAGACAAAUUGAAGUUUGAUGCAGUGCCUACAGAAAAUGGGCCCUAUUGUAAUGAACCUGCACCAGAUCCUGAGCAGUCUUUAAUCACACCAGAAGAUAUUGAGAUUGAUCAGUUGACUUGUAGUGAAAAGCAAGCCAAUUAUUCAGUUAAGUAUGGAGAUUUUUUGACAAAUUCGGAAGUGGAACUACUAACUGUAAAAUCAUUGAUUGACAAUCCACUCAACACAAUGAAAACUGAAACUCAAAUCAUGAAUGAGGAAAAUGAUGAAUACCAGGAAAUAAGAAAAUCAGAUAGUUUCACUACUUUUAGUCAUAAAACACUUCCAAGAAGGAAGGAGAAAAAGUUCUCAAUACCCAAAAAAGUGAAAGCAGUUAGUCCAUUAAAAGUUAUGUCGCCGUUGUCGAAUAACAAUAAUAAAUCAGAAAAACCAAACAGUAAAUUAAUUGAAAUAGAAAUAGCACCCAAAGAAGAUGUUAAACCUUUGCAUAAUACUAAUAAUGAGACACCUAAUUUGCCUAAAAGAAAUAACAAAAUCAAAAUAAUAUCUGAAAAAACAAUAUCAGAACAAGUAAAGGUGCAUGGUAAACUUGAACCUGUGUCACCAUCAUUAGUGCUGCGUGCGCGAAAUAAAAGGAAGGACCCUGUUCAUCCCAUAGAUAAGCAACUAACAGAUGAAAGUUCAAAUACUGUUACAAUCAAUGAUAUAUUUAGUUUAUUCUCACCAAACACAUACCAACCACAUACAGCACCAAAUACAGCUAUGAGUGUAGCAGUUAAUGACCAGCCCUUACUGGAACCAUCUCAAAACUACCAACCAAAUUUUCUUACUGGAGGGAAUGAUAAUUUUAUUGAAUCAAAACCAGUUUUAUUAGAAUCCCAAGAUUUACAAAAAAAUACAGAAGUUUAUCUUCAAGUUUUGCCAGUUAGUGUUGAUACUGCACCUAAUGAACAAAUAUCAAGUUUUGUACCAGCAAAUAUAUGCAACUUUCAAAGUAAACCAAUCUCAAUACAGUCUACACCCAAGAAAAAUAUUCUUAAUCAAACUUGUGAAAUAUCACCAAUCAAACAACUGCAUAAUAAUAAUAGAACUAUUGAAUCAACUUCCCCAAAUACAUCCGUUUUGAAAAAUAAAAUACCACCAGAAAGAGUAGCGGCUAUUGAAGAGAAAAGGAAAUUUAAUAAGAAGUUAAGGGAUAUGAUCGAGUUUUGCUUAGAUGAACUUGAUGAUCCAGAUAAAAAGAGUGAAAGCAGUUCGAAAAAGACAGUAGAGAUUGACAAGGUGGUGAAGUUGCCUGAAAAAUCAAACAAUGCAAAACGCAAUGGUACUAAUGAUGUACAAAUCAAUACAGGUACUAUAAAUAUAAAUCAUAAACAUAAAAUACAACAACAAAAGUUUGCACCACAGGCUGACAUGGUUAAAAGUAAAACUCACUUCCAAAAGACUCAGACUUUAAAAACGCCUGAUUCUUAUAUUUCAGUCUUGGAGACCAGAUUACAGAAGAUGGAAGAUCUUUUAUUACAAAAAAUAGAUCAAAACUCUCAGAAUAUAGCAGAGUUAAAAAAAUCUUUUUGUAAUCCUGCUGUUGGCAAAAAAUCGACUCUUACACAAACAUCCGGCAACGAAGAAGCGUAUAAGAAGCAACUCUAUCAAGAAAUAUCAAAGUACCUUAGUCCUAAUGUGAACAGUUCGGUUUACGAAGAAUUGUUUUUGAAUAAAUUUUCCCAAAGGAAAUCUCUCGAGAAUGCACAUAUGGACCUUCAAAUGUCACCGCCAAAACGGCGGCGACGAUUGAGGUGAUUAUAUAGAGUGGCG